GCGUAAUGUUGGUUAGGUUUAUUUUGUACAGCUAUAGUGUAUAAAUUUAUUAACAUCGUCUGAUAUACCUUACUCCAUUGCCAUUGUACUACAUUACUACAGUGUAUGAUACAAAGAUGUUCAUUUAAGCAUCAUGCGGUGAUCUCGGGUUGACCCUUUGUGAAGGAUGUAUCAGGUUCGUGAUCUCUCACCUUUACCCCCGCGAGCUGACGUCCACCAUUUUGUUUUGCGUCGUCGUCUCAUCUCCUCCAAACUUACGCGGUUUUUACGUGAUUCCAGAAGCCGUGAGACCGCUAAUCACCAUAGACUUACAGAAAUGGAAGAUUCCGGUCUUGAACUUUUCUGCGGAGACCAGUGUGCUGGAGAUCCUGGGAAGGAGAGCAUGUCCACAGAACACCCCGGGAAGGAGAGUGACAUCAGGGAGACCCAGACAACAGACAUGGGCCUGCAACAGGAAACGUGUGAUGUGAACUUUCCCCAACCUUACAACACAUCAACCUCACAGGUACAGGAGAGCAAAGGCAAUAUGGGAAGGCAUUUGGUUAAACAUACUGAUGAGAAACCUUUCAUGUGUGGGGAGUGCGGGUACAGGACAACUUUUAAGUCAGAUCUAUCCCGACAUAAGAGAACCCAUACAGGAGAAAAACCCCACAAGUGUGACCAGUGUGACUAUUCUGCAGCACGGAAGUCUUCUUUGGGUAAACAUCUAAAAAUACACAGUGGUGAGAAACCCUACAUGUGUGGGAAGUGUAGGUACAGGACAACUUUUAAGUCAGAUCUAUCCCGACAUAUGAGAACCCAUACAGGAGAAAAAUCCCACAAGUGUGACCAGUGUGACUAUUCUGCAGCACGUAAAUCUACUCUAGACGAUCAUCUAACAAAACACACUGGUGAGAAACCCUACAUGUGUGAUAAGUGUGGGUACAGGACGGCUGACAGGUCUACGUUAUCCCGACAUAUGAGAAUCCAUACAGGAGAGAAACCCUACAAGUGUGACCAGUGUGACUAUGCUGCAGCGGACAAAUCUACUCUUUACAAGCAUGUAAGAAAACACACUGGUGAUAAACCCUACAUGUGUGGGGAGUGUGGGUUUAGAGCAAGUCGCAAGGAUAUCUUAUCUGUACACAUGAGAACACACACAGGAGAAAGACCGUACAAUUGUGACCAGUGUGACUAUUCUGCACCACAGAGAGCCAGUUUGGACAAACAUCUAGCAAAACACAGUGGUGAGAAACCCUACACUUGUGGAGAUUGUGGGUACAAGGCGGCUCGAAAGCACCACUUAUCCGAACACAUGAAAAUCCAUACAGGAGAAAAACCCUACAGCUGCCAUCUGUGUAGCUACUCUGCAGCUAGGAAAUCAACCCUGUCUAAACAUUUGACAACCCAUGAAGAAGAGGAAGACAGAGCAGAAAUGGAAGAUUCCAGUCGCGAACUUUCUACUGGAGAACUGUGUGUUGGACAACCUAGGAAGGAGAUGGACCAUUCUGGAAAGCCUGGGAAGGAGAUGGACUUCCAGACUAUGAUAGUCCCAGUUCAAAGUAUGGGAAGGCCUCUGAUCAAAAACACCGGUGAGAAACCCUACAGAUGUGAGCAGUGUGGAUAUAGGGUAGCUGAUGAGUCUGCCUUAUCCCAACAUGUGAAAGUUCAUGAACAAACUUACAAAUGUGACCAGUGUGACUAUUCUGCUGCUGUAAAGUCCUCUUUGGACCAACAUCUAAGAAAGCACACGAGUGAGAAACCCUACAUGUGUGGGGAGUGUGGGUACAGAACAGCACAUAGAUCUACAUUGCGUAGACAUAAGAGAAGCCAUACCGGAGUAAAACCCUACAAGUGUGACCAGUGUGACUAUUCUGCUGCAUGGAAAUAUCUUUUGGAGGAACAUCGUGCAAAACAUACCGAUGAGAAGCACUACCGCUAUUUGUGUGAGAUAUGUGGGUACAGGACAGCUCAGGAGUGUAACUUCUCUAAACCUUACAAAUGUGACCAGUGUGACUAUUCUGCUGCACUGAAGUGUGAUCUGGACUACCAUGCAGCAAACCACACCGGUGAGAAACCCUACAUGGUAGAAAUGGAAGAUUCCAGCAGUGAACAUUCUUUGGAAAUGCAGUGUGUUGAGCAUCCUGGGAAGGAGAUGGACCAUUCUGGACACCCUGGGAAGGAGAGUGACAGCAGGGAGACCCAGACAACAGACAUGGGCCUGCAUCAGGAAACAUGUGAUGUGAACUUUCCCCAGCCUGACAACACAUCAACCUCACGGGUACAGGAGAGCAGAGGCGAUAUGGGAAGGCAUGUGGUUAGACGUACUGAUGAGAAACCCUACAUGUGUGGGGAGUGUGGGUACAGGACAACUCGGAAGUCUCACCUAUCUGCACACAUGAGAACCCACACAGGAGAAAGACCCUACAAGUGUGACAAGUGUGACUAUUCUGCUGCUCAAAAAGGGGAUUUGAAUAAACAUGUAGCAAAACACACUGGUGAGAAACCCUACAUGUGUGGGGAGUGUGGGUACAGGACGGCUAGGAAGUUUGAUUUAGUCAAACAUAUGAGAAUCCAUACAGGAGAAAAACCCUACAAAUGCGACCAGUGUGACUACUCUGCUGCACAAAAGUCGCAAUUGCAGCAACAUGUUGCAAAACACAGUGCUGAGCAACCCUACAUGUGUGAGAAGUGCGGAUACAGGUCGGCUCGAAAGUCUAGCUUAUCUCAACACAUGAAAACCCACACAGGAGAAACAUGCUACAAGUGUGACCAGUGUGACUAUUCUGCAGCAGUGAAAUCCACUUUGGUCAAACAUAUAAGAAAACACACCGGUGAGAAACCUUACAUGUGCGGGGAGUGUGGGUUCAGGACAGCUCAAAAGUGUAACUUAUCAGUACAUAUGAGAUCCCACACAGGAUUGAAACCCUACAAGUGUGACCAGUGUGAAUAUUCUGCUGCACAUAAAUCAACUUUGGACCAACACCUAGAAAAGCACACCGGUCAGAAACCCUUUAUGUGUGGGGAGUGUGGGUACAGAGCAGCUCAAUGGCAACACUUAUACCGUCAUAUGAGAACCCACACUGGAGAAAAACCCUACAAAUGUGACCAGUGUGACUAUUCUGCUGCACAGAAAUCCACUUUGGACAAACAUCUAGUAAAACACACUGGUGAGAAACCCUACAUGUGUGGGGAGUGUGGGUACAGGAUGGCUGACAAGUGGAACUUAUCCCGACAUAUGAAGACCCAUACAGGAGAGAAACCCUACAAAUGUGACGUGUGACUAUUCUGCUGCAGACAAACUCAGUUUGGACAAGCACCAAAGAAAACACAUCGGUGAGAAAUUCUACAUGUGCGGGUAGUGUGGGUACAGGGCAGCUGACAGGGCUACCUUAUCCCGCCACGUGAGAACCCAUACAGGAGAAAAACGCUACAAGUGUGACCAGUGUGACCAGUG